AAUGAAAAAAUAACGCUUAUCGCAAAAGCCAAAGAUCAUGCGAGACGAGCAAUUACGAUGCAGUAAACAAACAUUUUAUAUAAACGAUGGGAGAAAUCUGAUUUAUACAUAAUUUGGAUGUAUAACAUUCUUUGCUUUUGAAGUUGCUUUUCAUUCGAAUAUGUUUUGGAAAAUAAUUCUUUUAUGCGCCGAUGGGAGAAAUCUGAUUUAUACAUAAUUUGGAUGUAUAACAUUCUUUGCUUUUGAAGUUGCUUUUCAUUCGAAUAUGUUUUGGAAAAUAAUUCUUUUAUGCGCCUUCGCCGGGCAGAUCAUUAAUGCGGAGAAUGAUCUUGCAACUACGUCCGUUGAACAACAGAUUCAAGAUGACAUAUUCAGAAUUCUACACACGCAAACAAAAGCUUUAUGGAGUGGAACACCCUCAGAUCAAAACAUCCAGUUCCCUCCACUAUCAUUGGAAGCUGGCUUGCAAAUGGUACAGAUGAAGCUUUACUACGAAAGUCUUGUAGGAGUAUUUUAUUCUAAAAACGAUUUUUUGAAAAAAGCAUACGCAUUGGCGGGUAUACUCGAUAAAAUGUCUUUAACGACCAAUGCCAAGCUGAAAUUCGUGAAUUCUGUAUUUUACGAUCAAAGCAAAACAUCGAAGCAGCUUUUGAAUGACUUGAAAACUUACUAUCACGCUGAAUCCUACGAAGUAUCGUUCAAUUCGGAAGCAGCCAUUUUGGCCAUAGUGAACGAAUGGCUGAAUAAUGUUACAAAAGGACGAUCACCUAAAGUAGAGAGCUUCCCUCUCGUCACAGGAAUGAAUAACCUACAGAGUUCCUUAAUAAGUUACACAAGUUGUUGGGAUACGCCGAAAAUCUGGACCAACUUCAUCAAAUUAUUGAAAUUCAAAAACUCGAAAGGCGAAUUCGAAAUCGAAACGUUCAACGCUAAAGAGACAAUCGGUUAUUACAACAAUGCCGAACAAAAAUACGAAGCCAUCAGAUUACCUUUCAGAAAAGGCGAAUUUGCCAUGAUCGUGGUGUUACCUAACCAAGAUCAGUCGUUAGAAUCGAUCGUCAAAUUAACCGCGAACGAUCAUCAACAAAUUUUGCAACGUGUUAGCGAAAAUUACGAAAAUAUCGAUUACGCGAUCCCGUUCAUGAAUUUGACGCAGAUGACGGUAAAUGAAAAUGGUACAGCUAUAAAUGGCGACGAUGCGAUUACUUGCAACUGGCCGACGGCGACUCAAGAAACCCAGGAAAUUAAUAACAUCAAUUUUAAACCGUUCUACGUGAACAGACCAUUCGCUGUGUAUGUUUACGAUGAAAAAACUAAAUUCGUUGUGAUGUACGGUUUGGUAAAUAACCCGGCUUUAGGCACGAUGAAAUUUCGUUCGUUACAGCUUCAAGUGAGAAUAACGAACGAUAAAACUGAUCUUCAAUUCGAGCGUUAAGUUUAAUCUAUUGGUACCUAUGUUAGCUGCGUGUAAAUAGGAUAGACUAUCAUGGAUAAAAAUACCAAUGUACGCAGAAAAUUGAUUAAAUGUAUUUUGUAUUGAACUCGGAAUAAAAAUUCUGUCACGAGGUA